AUGCUCUUUCUCAAUCAUUUAUUACUUGUAUUCCUGGCACUUUUGGGAUUAACCCUGGCUGGCCAUCAAGUCCCAAUUCUUAAACAGAGCCAGGAGAUGAACCAGGGCCAAUACAAGUAUGCCUACGAGACUGACAAUGGAAUUGCUGGCCAGGAAAUAGGUGAAGGUGGGAAGUUUGCAGCUGGCAAUGGGCAGUGGGUUGCUGAUGAUGGAACGCAUGUCUUUUAUGAGUUUACAGCCGACAAGGAUGGAUAUCGUGUUAAAGGAUCACAUGUACCAGAAAUUCCUGAAUACAUUCAGCGAAGUCUCGAUUAUAUUCGAGCACAUCCUCCUAAAGAAAUCUAAUAAAACAUUUAUAAAACUUUUUGUAGUUGAUUGCAUCGCUAAUGACAUCGUUGGCUUUAUUUCUGGCCAUAAGCUUUACAGUUUCUGCCGCUUCUCUGUUCUCAUGAAAGUGAAAAGGUUAAAUGUC